AUGGGGACAUACAAGUACCUUCUGACCUGCGCACAAGUGAUCAUAUUCACGCUCUUAUCUACCUCCAUCGGGUGCUCAUCUGCCUGUCCUACCGGGUGCAUCUGCCGUGGGAGACCCGAGAAAAGAGACACUGCUGUCUGCUACAAGCCAUGGUCAAACACCCAUACACCAGUUCAUUUUGGCGAGUCCAUCACAUCAAUUAUUUACCCACCCAAGAAGUCCCCGGAUGAUAAUCCACUGCCAGAAGAUAUAUUCGAGAAUGUAGAGAAUCUAAAAGCUCUAGAUCUGGUGGGAAACACUCUCAACUGCGAAUGUUCCUUACCGGCGAUAAUCGCUUCUGAAAAUAUUAUGUUGCUUUCCAAAUCACGCAUGCCGGCAGUAACUGGAUGCAUCCAUCAUGGAUUCUCAAACGAACAAUAUGCUAUCAAGGAUUUCCUCGAGAAAUGCGCUGAACGUGAAGGCUACAAACUAAGCGAACCAACCCACGGAGUGGGACCAAAGGUCUCCUCGGCAUUUUCAAACAGAAAGUUUGGUAACAUCAAAAACAAGAAGCUAUUCAACGCUGGCGUCAAGUACACCAGGAUCAACACGAAUGCCGUGAAACCAGGCUCUGCCAAGAUGGUACCCGGGGCGUUUUCAGGAGCCAUCGGGAAACCUCCCAGCAUGAAUCUGCAAAAGAGCGCUCCUGGAUCAAAGAGGGUUCUGCUUCCGGGCAGCAUGUCAGGGUUUUCCCGGAAGAAGCCAUCUAUCUAUGCAAGCCAAUUAGCCAACCGGUACAACAAUGCAAAGAAGAAGUGGGGACGCAGGAGACUUCUAUCUGUUGAUGAAGCAGAAUACGACCAUGACGUCAUUGAUUCUACGCUUUCGGAGGCAACAGGGAUGAAAGAGGAUGGAAAACUCCCGGUUGAAAAACUCAGCGACUCGAGCGAGGAUGGCGGUCAAGAAGUGCUUCAUAGAAACAAACGGUAUAGCAUUAGCUAUCUCUACCAGAUUCUUAGUAAAAUCCGACGAAAGAAAGGAGCUGAACGAUUUGAGAGGGAAAAUCCACGUGGUCAUAAGUUUCUAAAGCGUUUCGAGGGAGGGAAAAUAAGUAGACGAGGAAAAAGAUCGGAUAAUGAACAAGACGAUAUUCUCUUUGAAGAUGAACUCGGCGGAAUGGAAGAUACUAUCGAAGACGAAGAAGAAAUAAGCGAUGGGGAAGUGCUUCAUAGAAACAAACGAUAUAGCAUUAGCUAUCUCUACCAGAUUCUUAGUAAAAUCCGACGAAAGAAAGGAGCCGAACGAUUUGAGAAGGAAAACCCACGAGGUCAUAAGUUUCUAAAGCGUUUCGAGGGAGGGAAAAUAAGUAGACGUGGAAAAAGAUCAGAUAAUGAGCAAGACGAUGAUAUUCUCUUAGAAGAUGAAUCCAGCGGGUCAAACAGUACGGGACGCCAAGCGACAGGCAAUGAAUCACCAACCAACAAUGAUGAGCAACAGACUGAGAGCACAAAUCAUGAAGAGAUCUUUGAUGAGUCUAUGGAUUCGGAAGGACUAGCUCCACUUCAGGUCAAUAAACCUCAAGGGCAUCCUCAAGGUCAUCAGGGUCAAGAACAAAAUCAUCAUAAUCGUCGUAUUGCUGCUGAAGCAGCCCGUCAGCUUGCCAUGUAUCAGCUACCGAUGAACGACCUGACCGUGAAGUUGAACCCUUUCGAUCCGUUUGAAGUGGACCUGUUCUUUCAGUACAUCCUUCAUAAAGAAGACCUCCCUGAACAUCGGGAAUCAACAACAAACCCUUGAACAUUAACAUAAUUUUUAAAAUUAUAUUUGGGGAAUAGGAGGGAGAGGGGGUGGGGUGGUUCAGUGGGCUGGGGUCUGGCGAUUUGGAUGAGAGGAGAGUUCAUCAAAGUACAGACAUAUCAAAAGGGGAGAUUUAAACCAUGGACUUAAGAUAAGAUUGUUCCAACCAAGGACUGAAUUCAAACUCUUGUGAAUACGGACCCACGCGUGUCCUAUAACGAAGGAACAGAUUCGUGAAGCAUUUGCUACAUCUUCCCAGUUAUUGCAGUGAGUUGUGUUAGUUGCCCUACUUGUAGAGGUAGCAUGUGGUUUUUAUGACAGUGAUAUUGACGACAUGAUCUGUGUCCAUAAGAGGUAAAGGCGAUAUUGACUCUGGAGUACACGGAUGCCCCCAUUUCAAUAACAAAUGUUCGCGUCAUUUUGUUUUAAUGAAAGGGAUGAAAUCCAGUAGCGUGAUUUUCUUGUAAGUAAUCAUGAUUGAUUUCACUUUUAGGGAGAAAAUAUUACGUUUUUAUCAUCAUAAUUGUAAGUGAAGGAUAAACAUUAUGUGAUGUACAUGACAUGGGAUAAUCAAUGAUUAUUUUAGUCGUCUAGACCAAACAACUAAAACUAUUAAAAAAGUUACGUGGCAAAGAUUUAUAAAUAGUCUGGGAGAGUCAUA